CCAUGGACAGAGGAGCCUGACAGGCUACAGUCCAUGCGGUUGCAGAGAGUCGGAUACGACUGAGCAACUAACACUAUAGUGCCUGCGGAAUGUAAGAGGUUAACAGAAUGGGUUCACUCUAGAAUUUACAGAUACCUUCAAAGAAACUUUGUCUUAUUUCUGCUAUAGUAGAAUGAGCCUUUUAAAGAAUGCUUUGAAUAACACAAUAACUAAAGUAUAGCCAAUUAAUAGUCUUGCAGAUGGAAUCUGGCUGAAUGAAAAUAGUAAAACUAUGAGGACAGAAGAAUUAAAAGCUAAAACCUCCUAUCUCAAUAAAAUACUUAUAAUACAUUUAUAAUUUUCUUUUUGUUUCAGAUUGAAGUUGGUAAUACAGACUUUUUAAAGUAUUCUUAAAGAUGAAGUUUUAAGUUACAAGCAGUUCCCUUUGUAUGGCUUUAGUAGUAUCUUUGUUGAUUCUGUUUUUAAAUAUUUCAUAUGUCUUUAUAUCUUUCUCAUACAUGUAUAUUAAAAUUUUCAUAUUUUUGUCUCCCUAGAAUAAAAGUAAAACAUGCUUGUGUAGUUAACUUAUAACUGGCCUCUACCAUUCUCUCAUUAAUUAAAAAAAAAAAAACUUGCUAAGCCCCUAAUAUGUGCCACUGCUGAGAACUAAAUUAGAUAAAAGAAUGAGUAGAAGCCAGAGAAAUAUUCUCUUAUUUUAUUUGGCCGUGCUGCACAGCAUGUGGAAUCUUAGUUCCCAGAGCAGAUAUCUAACUUGUGUCCCCUGCACUGGGAGCAUGUCAUCUUUACCACUGAACUACCAGGAAGUCCCAGAAAAAUGUUCUUUAGAUGAACAUUACUGACAGGAAGCCAGCCCUUAUCACCUCUAUGUAUUUGACCCUAGAGAUGUUACAGACUUUCAUUUUGAAAAUCAUUCUUACAAAAUGGCCUAAGUGGGAUGUUGAUACUUUGGUUUUGCUUAUUUCACUUGUUCAGUUGCUAAGUCAUGGCCAACUCUGCAAUUCAGACCUAUGCUUUUAGUCCAUCUGUGUUGCUAGGUAUACUUCUAAUGUGCUUUCAUCACAUGUUACCUAUCCAUUCCUCUAGGGAUGGAAACUUUGAAUGCUUCUAAUUCUUUACCAUCAAAGAUGAAGCUUCAGAAUACAUGUUGGUUUUCCAGAGAUUUUCUCUGUUAUAUAAACCCAAGAGUAGAAUUGAUGGAUCCUGAGAUGUGCAGAUAGUCGAGCUAAGUAGUGCUGCCAGAUUGCUCUUAAGAAAGGUUAGCCCAGUCUAUAAUUCCACCAAUAGUGCUGGUUUCUAAAGGAAUUCCUUUAGUCCCCUCACUAACACCUGGCAUUAUCCAUCUUCCUAAUUUUUACCAAAAUAAUAGAAUAAUGUGAUUAUCUCUUUACUCACAUAGUUAAUGGCCUGUGGAUUUUUUUCUUCUGUAAACUGGGUAUUUUUGUCCCUUGCUCAUUUCUUUUUGAGAUUGCUACUUUUGUUGUUGAUUUGUAGUUAACUUUUUUCUUGAUGUCUUUACUUCAGUCCAGAAAGGAUUAAUUUUGAUGUGAUUGAACUCAUCAUAGUUUGGUCUUGUGCUUUAUGUUUUGUUUUUUUUUUAAGAAGUCAUCUGCUCCUAAUUCACAAAGAUACUCCCCUGCAUUAUAUUUAGUGACUAUAUAGUCUUAUACUUCUCACUUAGAUCUUUAAUCUAUCAUGAGUCCUCCUUUGUAUGUGGCAUUAUAUAGGUAGCUUUUAUUUUUCUUCAUAUAAUGAGCCAGAUUUAUCAUUAUUAUGUGCUAGAUGGAUUCAUCCCCCCUUGAUUUAUGUGCUAACUUUAUAUUACAUUCUAAAAUUUUAUGUGGCUCUAUUUCUGAGCUUUGUUCCACUGGACUGUUUGUUCUUAUACUCCACCAGAGAAGCCCUGUUCUUAUACUAACUCUACCUUAUUUUAAUUUCUGUGGCUUCUCUAAUAUGUGUUAAUAUCCUGUAAGCCAAGAACUUCCUUUACUCUUCUGUUUAAAUAGUUGGUUUAGAUAUAUAUGGAAUUUUAUUCUUAACAUAUGAAGAUUGUAUGAGUUAAUUUGGAAAAAAGUUAUCUUUGUAGUAUUCAUUUGUUCCAUCCAAGAGCAUGGAAUGUCUAUUUUAAAUUAUGUGUCCUUGAUUAGAAUUUUACAGUCUUCUUUGUAGAGGUCUUGCAUAUUAUUGAUUAGUUCUUAAAUCCUUCAUAGGUUUGGUCUGAGUUUUUUUUUUUCCUUUAUUGUGAAAGUGUUUAUUUAAUAUAUUUUAUGGUACAUAUUGCUGGUAUAGAAGUUAAGAGUGCCUGUGGUCAAAUCUUAUCAUUUUGUAGAUACAGGACCCUCGACAGGUAGCUUAAACCUCAUGUAUAAAAUGGGGGCAAAAAAAUAAAAUAAAAUGGGGACAAUAAAAGUACCUAUCUUACAGGAUUGUUAGAAUUUCAAUGAGUAGUGUUUGUGCAAUUCCUAGAAUAGUAUUUGGCAAAUAGUAAGUGCUAUGUAAAUAAGCUAAUGAAUAUUCAUAGGUUAAUGUGUGAAUUGGAAAAAAGAUUCAGGAACCUUGUUGAGCUUUUUGGGUAGCUCUAAUAGUUUAUAUUUUAGGGUUUUUUUUAAAAAUUUGGAUGACCAUAUCAUCUGUAAAAUAGUUUUAUUUUUUUACAGUUCUCACCCUUUUUUUAAAAAAAACAAUGUUGACUAGGACUUUGGUACUUUGUUACACAGUAUCAGUAUCACCCUUAUGUAAUUCAUUUUUAAAGAGAAUGUAUCUAAAUUUCUCAUUUAGGAUAAUAUUUGCUGAAAGUUUUUGGUAGAUAAGUUUUACCAUGAUGAGAAAGUAGCUUUCUCUUCCAGUUUGGUUAAAGUGUUUUGUUUUUUUAAGUCAUAAAUAGGUGUUGGUCAAAAACUAAGAAGAGUUAAAUUUCCACAAUUGAUAAAAUUAUCCAGUUUUUUCUGUUUUAUUACUAUAGUGAUUUAUAUUUAUAAAUUUAUGAAACUGAGAUGUUCUUGCUUUCAAGCUCUACAUGAUUAUGACAUUCUUUUUUUCUUUAUUACACUAUUACAUUCCAUUAGGUAGUAUUUGAAAUUUUUGCAAGUAAAAUGAGCCUAUAGCUUUCUUAUAUGCUUCAUCUCUAGAUUUAAUUAAUGUUUUAUUAUCAUCAUGAAAGAAGCUAAUCAGUUUUAUGCUUUUUUGCUUUUUUCUGAAACAGUUAAUAUAAAAUAUGUAUUUAUUUUCUUGCAAGUUUAAUGGAACUCAUAAUCUUAUGAGAGUGGUGUUUUUAAUAGGCGGUUAUUACUUUUCCACUUUCUUUAAUACUGGUCUGUUUUAUUCAAGUUAUCUAUUUCUUCCUAUAUGAAUUUUAGUAUUUUAUAUUCUUCUAGAAUUUAGCCAGUUUAUCUAGGUUUUCACGUGUUAGCAUAUGUUUUUACUUUUAAUCUUUUUUGGAGUAUUUUUAAAUCUCUUUCUUGAUAAGUCUCACUAGUUUUGUUUUUCUUAUUCAUAUUUUCAGAAAACUGUUUUUCAGUUUUUAUCAAUCUAUUUUUCUGUUGUAUACUGUUUAAUUUCUGCCUUUAUUAUUUCUUUUCUGCUUAUUUUGCUGUUGCUUUUUUCUGUUAUUUUGAAUGCCUAACGUGGGGGUAUUUAAACUUCCUUAUUUCUUCACAAGUGUGUUCAAAGCUAUGAAUUUCUUCUAGGUACUGGUUUGGCCAUGCCCCACAAAUUUUGCCUUGUAUGGUUAUAUUACCAUUCAAUCUUAUAUUUAAUGUAUUUUAUGAUAUCCAUUUUACUAAUCCAUGAGUUAUUGAGUUUCCUAACCUAUGAUUACUUUUAACAUCUACUUUUAUUGCAUUAUGGUCAGAAAAUUUAGUCUAAAUGAAGUUCACCCUUGGGAUCUAGUUAUGCUUUAUAACUUAAUGCAUGAAAUAUUUCUGUGUGUGUUUUAUAGUUCCUAGAGCAUAUUAAUACUUUUAACUGUUUCAGAAUGCUUAUAUCUCUGCUUAUAUUCCCCCCUCAGUUCUAUUAGUCGUUACCUGAGGAACUUUAAGGAUGUGCUUUUAGGUUAAGACUACCUUUGCAGAUGGUCCAGCAACUAAGUCUCCAGUUUCCAAGGGCAUUUGCACCAUCUAUGGAAAACAUCGGAUCAUUGCACACCAGACAGAUCCUUGGCAACUCAUCCCACCAUCCCCCUGCAGAAAAGUUAUUGCACCAGCCAACAAAGAAGGCAACCACUGAGUUUCUUUUCAUUACCAAAUAGAUACGAUAUCUCUGCCAACAAAAAAGAGUACACAAAGUGUCUCUUCAUGAAAUUGCAACCAGUUGAGACCAUGCUUAGCAAAUCAGCUUGUCUAUACGAUGACCUCUUCUUUUCUUCAGUAGCCAGGAUUUGAAGGAGAGACUCUGACCUGUGCCACCGGUAAGUGACUAACUUUUACACACUGAACUGGUGCUGAGAACUGAGCUGUCUUCUUUGUAAGUGAAGAAUAUACAACAUAAUCUUGAAGAACUGUACAGUGUUGCAAGCCAGAGGCAUACUAUGUGUGUUUAACAGACUGAGAUACAAGUGAAUCUUACUGAAACAGCUUCUCAUCUUUUGCUUUAUUUGCCAGUGUUAGUGUUUUGCUGGCUUAGAUUGUUACCUUUUCCUGGUAUCUUUUUUCCUAUACUGUUGGUCUAUUUUAAUGGGUCCUAGAAAUCCCUCUCCUGAUCCCUUAUCAGAAUCAGAAAGUGAGGAAGAAGAAAACACUACUUACCUAAAUGAGAGUUUUGGGGAAGAGUGGGAUUCCUCUGAAGAAGAGGACCCUGUGGUGCCCAACCUAACACCUCUUGAGAGUCUUGCCUGGCAGGUUAAGUGCCUUUUAAAAUAUUCUACAACUUGGAAACCGUUAAAUCCUAAUUCCUGGUUAUAUCAUGCUAAACUCCUGGAUGCUAGCACACCAGUCCAUAUACUUCGAGAGAUAGGUCUGAGACUCUCUCAUUGCUCCCAUUGUGUACCCAAACUGGAACCAAUUCCUGAAUGGCCUCCUCUGGCUUCUUGUGGAGUACCACCUUUUCAAAAGCCCCUUAUAAGUCCCAGCCGGCUUUCUAGAGACCAUGCCACUCUAAACGGACCACUGCAGUUUGCCACCAAACAGUUAAGCCGAACAUUGAGUAGAGCCACCCCCAUACCUGAAUACCUAAAACAGAUUCCUAAUUCCUGUGUUUCUGGUUGUUGCUGUGGCUGGUUAACUAAAACAGUUAAGGAAACAACCCGCACUGAACCCAUCAACACUACUUAUUCCUACACUGACUUCCAAAAGGCAGUUAACAAACUCCUAACUGCAUCGUUAUAAAAAACCCACCAUUCAUUCUCAUCUCGUGUUCCCACUUGAGAAAGGAACACAGUUACACAGCCCACAAUUGAGAAACAAAUGUCUUCUCAGCCAACUAUGCCCUGUCUUCAGAAGCCAAAGUACCAUCAAGUACUAAAUACAUACCCCAAGAGUCCUGUAACUCAACUACAGAAAAUGUGCAGUGCAGGCAUUCCCUUUGAAAGACCCUGUGGAUGAGAUGAGAACUUCAAUAGAGAAUUAGUUAAAAGGGACCUUUUUUAUAGAAAAAUAAUUUGACUAUUCUCCACACUCAGUUCUCCCCACAAUUUACUCUGCCUGUCUAAUGGACUUAACUAGAUACCUAAUUAUUAAUGGUAAGGAAAAGUAGGCCACUAUCCCAUUUGUUACCCAACCUUCAGAAUAGCCAUUGUGGAAACUGGUAAGUUAGCUAGUGCUAAUAACACUUUUCUGAGCAUACUUUUCUCUAGUACUCAUUUUCAGAGAGGUUCUUGAAUUAAAUUUAAUAACUGGACAAAAGAAAAUGGUAGGAAUAUGGAUUUACCUCCCAGUUUUAUAUUGAUAGUCCUACAUAGGGUGCCCUUUAGGGGUUCCUAUUUUGGGGGGAGAGAGUGCAGUGCAGCAGUGCAUAGUCACUUAGUUGUGUCUGACUCUGCAACCCUGUGGACUGUAACCCACUAAUGCAGUAGUAGCCUACACUACUUCAGACAUAUUGUGGGACCUGCAGUUACAGCAUACACAUUUUAUAGGCUCCCACCAGGCUGUCUCUAGAUAAACCGGCUUGUUAAGAUCAUGUGUGUGUGUGUGCUCAGUCUUUUUUGACUCUUUGCAACCCCAUGGACUGUAGCCUGCAAGGUUCUUC